UUUAAAAUUUGUCUCUGUUGACCAAAACUGAAAAAUUUUCUUCUGAAUUUUAACAUUGUAAAUAACUUGAGAACAAAUACACAUGGCUUCUUCUAUGGCACAUACCCAGUCAAUCUCUAUUAGGAAGCCCAAGAGAAGAGACAAAAUUCACCGUGCUCUACACUCCUCCUCUGUUCUCACUUUCCCAAAAGGCCCCAUUGAAAUACCAACAAUCACGAGAAAGGAAUCACCGGCGAAGACAUCUCCACCCCCGGCGUCGUCGCCGCCAUUGCCACAGUGGAACAUGCUACAGAAAGCCGCAGCCAAGGCGUUGGACGCGAUGGAAAGUGCGUUAGUCUCAAGCGAGCGGCAGAUUCCACUACCUAAGACUGCGGACCCUCGUGUUCAAAUUGCCGGAAAUUUCGCUCCGGUAUCGGAGACUGCCGUCAAGCAUAACCUUCCGGUGGCAGGCACGAUUCCCCACUGCAUUAAUGGUGUUUACGUGCGAAACGGUGCCAACCCUUUAUUCGAACCAGUCUCCGGCCACCACCUCUUCGACGGCGAUGGGAUGAUCCAUGCAGUGACAAUUGAAAGUAGAAACUCUGCGAGCUAUGCGUGCCGCUUCACCGAGACAAAAAGGCUCGUUCAAGAACGUGAAUUAGGCCACCCCGUGUUCCCAAAAGCCAUUGGAGAGCUCCAUGGGCACUCUGGUAUAGCCAGGCUCCUCCUUUUCUAUGCCCGUGGCAUAUUUGGGCUUCUUGAUCACAGCCAUGGGACCGGAGUAGCCAAUGCGGGAUUGAUCUACUUUAAUCAAAGACUAUUAGCCAUGUCUGAAGAUGAUCUUCCCUAUCAAGUGAGGAUCAAGCCGUCUGGUGAUCUUGAAACAGUAGGCCGCUAUGAUUUUGACGAGCAAUUGAGGACGACAAUGAUCGCUCACCCCAAGAUUGAUCCUGUUUCUCGUGAACUCUUUGCUUUAAGCUACGACGUUGUUCAAAAACCAUAUCUGAGGUACUUCAAAUUCUCCGCCGACGGAAAGAAGUCACCGGAUGUUGAGAUAUCAUUGGACGUGCCGACUAUGAUGCAUGAUUUCGCGAUCACCGAGAACUACGUGGUGAUUCCCGACCAACAAGUGGUGUUCAAGCUUCAAGAAAUGAUUAAAGGUGGUUCUCCAGUGAUAUAUGACAAAAACAAGAAAUCUAGGUUUGGGAUUUUGUCAAAAACAGCUGAAAAUGCAAACAACAUUAUAUGGGUUGAUUGCCCUGAUACGUUUUGCUUUCACUUGUGGAAUGCUUGGGAGGAGCCGGAGACUAAUGAGGUUGUGGUGAUAGGCUCAUGCAUGACUCCUCCGGACUCAAUUUUCAACGAAUGUGAUGAAAAUCUGAAGAGUGUUUUAUCAGAAAUCAGGCUCAAUUUGAAGACUGGUAAAUCAACAAGGCGGCCUGUUAUUCAUGCAUCAGAACAGAUUAAUUUAGAAGCCGGAAUGGUGAACCGAAACCGGCUUGGUCGAAAAACUAGGUACGCGUAUCUUGCAAUUGCUGAGCCAUGGCCUAAAGUUUCAGGCUUUGCUAAAGUCGACCUAUCGUCCGGUCAAGUUCAGAAAUUCAUGUAUGGCAAUGAAAAUUAUGGGGGCGAACCAUUUUUCGUGCCAAAUGACUCAAAUUCAGAUGGAGAAGAAGAUGAUGGGUUUAUUCUUGCAUUUGUCCAUGACGAAAAGGCUGGAAAAUCUGAACUACAGAUAAUAAAUGCCAGGAGUUUGAAUUUAGAAUCCAGUAUCAAGCUUCCAUCAAGAGUGCCAUAUGGUUUUCAUGGGACAUUCAUAAGCUCAAUUGACUUAGAAAAUCAAGUAUAUUGUAAAAAAUAAAUUAAUUCGAAAUAUAUGUACGUAUAUAUAGCCAGUACUGUAUUUUUUCAGUAGGAGAGAUAUUCCUGAGGGAUGUGGUAGAUAAAUGUCCCCGGACUCUCAUAUUUUAAAUUUCAAGGUUCUUUUUUUGUUGGGUUUUACUAAGUGGGUUUUCAAGAAACCAACCUUGGAGUUCUUGGCGUGUAGCUAUAUGUUGAGCUCAGCUGGUUUCUGUGUGUUUUUUUUAUUUUUUCCUUUAUUUAUGGAGAC